GUCUAUUCUGCCUUUUUUGUCUCUCCUUUUUUCCUUCUUCCUCUUCCAUUAUUCUUUCAGUUACCGAAACCCUAACUUCUGUGCCACUUCUUUAACGGCCAUGGCCGCAGACGAACUAGACACUCGAAAGAGGCACCGAAGAUCUCCUGAUGACGGAGCAGAGGAGGGGUCAAAGCGCCGUAGGCACAGCCGCAAUCGCCGUAACAGCAGCCAUCAUCGACGUCGCCAUCGACAUCGCAGCAGCAAACACGAUAACGACAGCAAGUACGAAGACGACGACACUGCUCCUGCUGUUGCGCCAAGCUCUAAUUCACGUCCCGAUGACGAGAAGGAAGAGGGUGAAAUUCUUGAAGAAGAGGAAGAAGAUCGUGGUGUCGGUCAUGACGAAGUGUUAAGAAAUAAAAUGGAUUCAGAUGUUGAGUCUGGUGAGAUUAAGCCGGAUGAGGUUGUUGGGAGAUCGAAUAACAGUGAUCCGGGAAUUCAUUGUGAGAGAGGCGAUCCUGGUAAUUUUGGAGAAGAACUUGAGCCUGAUGAUAGCAUUGAGAAAAAUACUAUAAGUUCAAAGACAUUGAAAAUUUAUGGGGGUGAUGCAGCAACAUCUGAUUUGGCAGUGAAUGCCAGAGACAAGUCUGACCAUCUAUGUCUAAAUUCUGACGGGGAUCAUGCUGGGAUGAAAAGCGUUGAGGUUUCUUAUCCGAGUGAUCCGAAGGCUGAACAUUCAGCAUAUGGGAUGAAGGAGCAUGAGGUGGGGGAAAUUGAUGGACUGAAUGCUGGAUCUGAAAACAUCAAGUUUAGGGACAAGAAGAGGGAAAUAAAAGGUGACAUGUCUCCCAAGAAUGAGGUGGGGGAAGUUGAUGGACAGAAUGCUGGGUCUGAAAACAUCAGGUCUAGGGCCAAGAAGAGGGAAAUACAAGGCGACAUGUCUCCCAAGAAUGAUGGGGUGAGCCGUGAAAUUGGGGAUGUUGGUCACAAAUACCACAAGGAGGAUAGAAGCCAACACAGGGGAUCUGGAACCCCUCUAAAAGGAGCUGGAAAGGAUAAGUAUAAUAGGGAGUCUGAUGAAAAGGACUCAAGAAGGUCUGUUAGGUCAAGAUCACCAGCUGCUAGAGAAGAUGUUCACCAGAGAAGGAGCAGAAAGAUUGAUGACAGUGGUGGUAGAACCAAUAGGAACAGCGAACCAGAAUUACAUAAUCCAAUGAGAUAUGAGACGAGAGUGCCUUCAGAAUCAAUGGAUGAUGAGAGAAAUCAGAGAAAUGGUUCAGUGGAACAGAACAAAUCAGUUUCUCCUGAAAAUACAAGGAGCAAGUAUAAGACUGUAUCAUACUCCCCAUAUCAUGAGAAAUAUUAUGACAAGGCCCACAGAAAUAGUUCAAGGUCACGUGAUAGCAUGGGAGAUAGGAGAUCUCGGUCCCGAAGUAUUUUAAUCGAUGGGGUCCAUCAUGAGACAGGUGGGAAAUCACACAAAGAUGAUGGCGACCUAAUUCAACUGUUUGAUUCACGAGAGAAGGAAACGGACAAUUUUAAUUGCGAAAGAGUAAGAUACAGUAGGGAGGACGGACAUGGUAGUAGGGACUGGGUGAGGGAUGGUGAGAGAGAGCUGAGCAAUAGCAGAUACAGUGGCCGAGAGGCUGGGCAUGGCAGUCGGGAGACUCGGGACAAAGAUAGGGAUAGAGGUAGGGGGAGGGAGAGUGAUAAGGAGAGAGACAGAGGUAUGAACAAAGAUAGGGACAGGGACAGGGACAGGGACAGGGAUAGGGAUAGGGAGAAGGUCCAAGAGAGGGAGAGGGAGAGAGAGAAGGAGAAGGAUCGGGACAGGGACAGGGACAGGGAUAGUGAGAAGAGGGAAAGGGAGAGGGAAAGAGUUCGGGAUAAAGAUAGAGGUAGAGAGACUGAGAGUGGUUGGGUGGGCAGACAUCUAUAUGAUGGUCAUAAUGAUGCAUAUGGUGGUCGAGAUAGAUUGAAAGAUUCUAGGCAUUUUAAAGAUGAACCGGAUUACCACUACAGGAAAGGAAAAAAAGAUCCAGUAAAGGUGCCCAGCAUCAUGGAUGAUGAUCUGGAAAGGCGUGAAAAGAAACCACAGAGAGAUGAAGAGGUAGAAGAAGAUUAUGAAGAUAGGGUUUCAUUACAACUAGCGGAACAAGAAGAGGAGGAUGUUGACAGAAUUAAGGAGGAGAGCAGGAAAAGAAGGCAAGCCAUACUAGAAAAAUAUAAACAGCAGCAACAGCACUCACAAAAGCUGGUUGAACCUCAUGGUCAAGCCUCAACUAAAGAGAAUGGUUCUCUCAAUGUCAACAAGGCAGCAGAACAGAAACUUCCUCCAAAAGCGGUUAAUUCUACAUCCGUUGCUUUUGAGAGUAGGGAUGAUAGUCCCGAGGCUGAUGUCCACGAGUCUACAUUUUCUGUAUGGAAAUCACCUUCACGUAAUGGAACUUUGGCACAUGAGAGCACUUCUGGUGCUGGGGGUUUAGGGGAUGGGACUCCAAAGAGUGAGAGAUCGGCGGAUAUGUUCUGUGAUGAUAUUUUCGGAGAGUCACCUGCUGGAGUUCGUAAAACUGGAAAAGGAGAUGGUUUGCAUCUUGAAAGAAGUGGUCUUCAUGACAACUGGGACGAUGCAGAGGGUUAUUACAGCUAUCGAUUUGGAGAAAUACUUGACAGUAGGUAUGAAGUUACUGCAGCCCAUGGGAAAGGCGUUUUUUCGACAGUAGUUCGUGCAAAGGACCUCAAGGCUGGGAAGGGUGAUCCUGAAGAGGUGGCUAUAAAAAUCAUACGCAAUAAUGACACUAUGUACAAGGCAGGUUUAGAAGAGUUGAUAAUAUUGAAGAAAUUAGCUGGUGCAGAUCCUGAGAAUAGACGCCAUUGUGUUCGAUUUUUCUCCAGUUUCAAGUACCGAAAUCAUCUUUGUUUGGUUUUUGAAUCUCUUCAUAUGAAUCUUCGUGAGGUACUAAAGAAGUUUGGUCGUAAUAUUGGCCUUAAUCUGGGAGCUGUAAGAGAAUAUGCCAAACAGCUUUUUAUUGCAUUAAAGCAUCUGCGGAACUGUGGAGUCCUGCAUUGUGACAUAAAGCCAGAUAAUAUGCUGGUAAACGAGGCAAAAAAUGUGUUGAAGCUUUGUGAUUUUGGUAAUGCCAUGUUCGCCGGAAAAAAUGAGAUCACACCAUAUCUUGUGAGCCGCUUUUACCGAGCUCCUGAAAUAAUUCUUGGCUUGCCAUAUGAUCAUCCCAUGGAUAUGUGGUCUGUUGGUUGCUGUUUAUAUGAGCUUUAUUUGGGGAAAGUCCUUUUUCCAGGCCCAUCAAACAAUGACAUGUUGCGUCUCCACAUGGAGUUGAAGGGUCCUUUUCCAAAGAAGAUGCUCCGCAAGGGUGGAUUUACCAAUCAGCAUUUUGACCAGGAUUUGAAUUUUCAUGCUAGUGAAGAAGAUCCUGUUACAAAGAAGACUGUGAAGAGACUGCUUCUCAAUAUUAAGCAAAAAGACAUUGGUUCCUUAAUUACAAGCUCCCUUGGUGACGAUCCGAAGAUGUUGGCGAAUUUCAAAGAUCUUCUAGAAAAAAUAUUUGUCUUGGAUCCAGAAAAGAGAAUGACAGUAUCUCAAGCAUUGAGUCAUUCAUUCAUCACGGGCAAGUGAACAAAGAUGCUGAUUUUAUGACCCCAGAAAUGCUGUUGAGCUAGAUACAUGUACAUUAUGAUCUCAAUUUAUUUUUAGCUCUCUAAUCAUUGGGCAUUUCUGUCUUUAUCUCUCUGUGAUUGCCUAAGAGGAUCGACACAGUGUUAUUGGCGUGGAUGAAAUGCGAAGAAGAUGAUGUUUGGUCUGAAGACCUUCCUACAUGGCGGUUCUUUCAGUGGGAUGGGUUCUGUUUCUAUUGUAAGACAACUCGCCAAAGGCGUUUACAUCUCUUGUAAUCAUUCUUAAUGAUGGGCUUUGGGAAGAUUUAUCACAUUUAUCCCCCCUUAAAAUUUUUGUUUGAAGUUUGAAAACAGUGUGCUGCAACCUUUUGCAGGCUUUAGUGCAUUAGAAAAUUCACACCAAUGCUAGUUACUAAAUUAAACUCAAUGAGGUUGUGAAAA